UGCUGAUCGCGUCGCGUAUAAAUGCGCUUCAUACAGCCUACAACAGAUUCACGGAUCGGUCAUUCAAAAAUAAAAAAAACUUCACAUGUCGUGUUUGCCAGUUUGGAGGGUCACGUCCGUUUUGUGCGUAUCCCUUUUCCCAGCUGAAGAUGAAGGCAUCAUGAAACCCUGAUCCAUUGAUCCGGAGAUCCAGGCGCCGGUCGGACUCUUGUUGUUUCCACGCCUCCCACUUUCACCCCCAUUGUGGUGAAUCUCCGGCUCUCACACACUUUGCCAGACUUCCAGGAGUUGCAGCGAUCGACCGAAGACGGAGCACCGACAACAUUCAAAAAAAAGAAAUAAAUCCUCUUUGACGGAUGGAUCUACUUUCAUCUCUUGAGGGAUUUCGGGGAGUUGCGAUGGUCUGUGCUGCUGGAGACUGUGGAGACUCGUACCGGAGAGAAAAGGCACACGUAGUGUACGCUGCGAAGUUGUGAAGUAGUUUCCCUUGAAGUUUUUCUUUCCGCCACCAGCCCAGACUCCGUGUUUCUCCAGCCUGUAGACCCACAGCCAUGAUGGCGAGGCGGUCAGGGGAGAAACCUCUGCUUUUGACGCCGACUUCGCGCGCCGCUUUCCCGGAUAAACACCUUCGGUUACACAGGGGCUUGUUGGCUUUUUCGUGGAGCUUCGUUUUAAUCUGCUCGGCUUUUUCUUGUGGAUAUUGCGGAGCUGAGACGGAGUUUUCCAUCCUGGAAGAGGCGCAAGUUUUGGCCGAUCAGAUGAAAAAGCUGUCCUCUCAGGAGCUGGGGGUCUUUACUAUGCAGAGGAUUUUCAACUCAUUUGUGUACACCGAGAAGACAUCAAACGGAGAGACAGAAGUGCAGCAGCUGGCCAAGAAGAUUCGGGAAAAGUUUAACCGCUACCUGGAUGUGGUGAACAGGAACAAACAAGUAGUGGAGGCCUCAUACACUGCUCACCUCACCUCUCCGCUCACAGCCAUUCAGGACUGCUGCUCCAUACCUGCAUCUAUGAUGGAGUUUGAUGGAAACUUCAAUACCAACGUCUCCAAGACCAUCUGCUGUGACAGACUUUCGCCCACCGUCAACAGCCGAGCUUUCAACCCUGGACGGGACCUCAACUCAGUGUUGGCAGACAACCUGAAGUCCAACCCAGGGAUAAAGUGGCAGUACUUCAGCUCAGAGGAGGGCAUCUUUACAGUCUUCCCUGCCCACAAGUUCCAGUGCAAGGGGAGUUAUGAGCACCGCAGCAGGCCUGUGUAUGUGUCUGCGGUGCGUCCCCAGUCUAAACACAUUGUGGUGAUGGUGGACCACGGAGCGUCUGUAACCGACACCCAGCUUCAGAUCGCCAGGGACUCGGCACUGGUCAUCCUCAACGCCAUAGAUGAACACGACAAGAUCUCCAUUCUGUCAGUGGCAGAGACGGUUCGCUCCUGUUCCCUGGACCAGUGCUAUAAGAGUCUGCUAUCUCCAGCCACCAGUGAAACAAAGAGAAAGAUGAGCACCUUCAUCUCCAACAUCAAGGCCUCUGAUGGAGCCACACAGCAUGCAGCAGGCUUCCAGAAGGCCUUCCAGCUGCUCCGUAACACCAGCGGUCUCAGCAAACAGAGCACCACCACAGACAUGGUUAUCAUUUACUUGUCGUCUGGCAUCACGUCUCGAGAGUCGUCGGAGCAGGAAAAGAGAGCGACGCUCAGCGUGGUCAGAGAGGAGAACCGACACCUCAACAACUCGGUCAUGAUCCUCACUUAUGCUCUCAUGAACGAGGGAGUAACAGGCCUGAAGGAGCUGGCCUUCUUGAGGGAUCUUGCAGAGCAGAAUUCGGUGAAAUACGGUGUCGACCGUACGGCCGACCGAGACCGCUCCUCUGUGGCGUCUUCGUCUGGAUCAGCAGGAGCUUCCACGAUGCCUGUGGUGAAGGGAAGCAUGAUGGUACUAAACCAGCUGAGCAACCUGGAGACAACAGUGGGCCGCUUCUACAUCAACUUGCCCAAUCGAAUGAUCGACCUGGCCCGCUUCAGCCUUCCCUACGCUGACCCCAUGGGAGAUGGGUUUAUUAUGACCGUGAGCCGACCGUGUUAUUUCGGCAACCUUCUCCUGGGCGUGGUUGGGGUGGAUGUGAACCUUGCCUACAUCUUAGAGGAUGUCACCUACUACCAAGACUCGCUGGCUUCAUACACAUUCCUCAUUGACAACAAAGGUUACACCCUGAUGCAUCCAUCGCUAACACGGCCCUACCUGAUGACCGAGCCUCCCCUGCACACUGACGUCAUCCACUACGAGAAUAUCCCAGGAUUCCCUGCUGUGCGACAGAACAUCCUCAGCCUCCCCCUGGGCAGCCAGGUCAUUGCUGUGCCAGUCAACUCAUCUCUGUCCUGGCACACCAACCGGCUCAGGGACAACAGCAAAGAUGCGUACAACGUCAGCUAUGCCUGGAAACUGGUUCAGGACACGUCGUUCAUCCUGUGCAUCGUGUAUGUGCAGCCGGAGAUCCCGGUGAAGCAGCUGAAGAACCUGAACACAGCUCCCAGCUCCAAGCUGCUGUACCAUCGUUUAGACCUGCUGGGUCAGCCCAGCUCCUGCCUGCACUUCAAGCAGCUUGCCACAGUUGAGUCUCCCACUGUGAUGUUGGCAGCCGGUAGUUUCUCCUCUCCCUAUGAGCACCUCAGUCAGCCAGAAACAAAGCGCAUGGUGGAGCACUACACCGCCUACCUUAGCGAUAACACCAGGCUCAUAGCCAACCCGGGCCUCAAGUCCUCUGUCAGGAACGAGGUUAUGGCGACCAGUCACGUCACGGAUGAGUGGAUGACACUAAUGGAAAUGAGUAGCCUCAACUGCUACAUUGUGCGCCGUUACAUAGCAACACCCAGUGGGGUUCUCCGGAUUUAUCCAGGAUCACUGAUGGACAAAGCCUUCGACCCGACCCGGAGACAAUGGUACCAGCAUGCUGUGGCCAACCCUGGCCUCAUCACCUUCACGGGGCCGUACCUAGAUGUAGGCGGUGCAGGCUACGUUGUCACCAUCAGCCACACCAUCCACGCCUCCAGCUCUCAGAUGGCUCCUGGUUAUGCCGUCGCAGUGAUGGGGAUUGACUUCACCUUACGCUACUUCUAUAAGGUCCUGCUGGAUCUGCUGCCCAUCUGCAACCAGGACAAGGGCAACAAGAUCAGGUGCUUCAUAAUGGAGGACAGAGGGUACCUGGUGGCUCACCCAACUCUCAUUGACCCCAAAGGUCAUGCCCCUGCAGAGCAACAGCACAUCACGCACAAGGAGCCGCUGGUGGCCAAUGACAUCCUGAACCAUCCCAACUUUGUCAAGAAAAACCUGUGUAACAGCUUCAGUGAUCGCACCGUGCAGCGCUUCUACAAGUUCAACACCAGCAUAAUGGGGGACCUCACAAACCUGGUCCAUGGUAGCCACUGUUCUAAGUACCGUCUGACUCGAAUCCCCGGCACCAACGCCUUUGCCGGUAUUGUCAAUGAGACGUGUGAUUCUCUGGCUUUCUGUGCCUGCAGCACCGUGGACCGGCUCUGUCUCAACUGCCACAGAAUGGAACAGAAUGAAUGUGAAUGUCCAUGUGAGUGCCCCCUGGAGGUCAAUGAGUGUACUGGCAACCUCACCAACGCUGAAAACAGGAACCCCAGCUGUGAGGUGCACCAAGAGCCAGUCAGUCUGAAUGUGAUUGAUCCCGCUCUGCACGACACCCUGCCCCAGUGUAUCAACACUCGCUGUAGCCAGAGAUACACCAGCAGUGACUGUUUCGGUGUGUUGGACUGCGAGUGGUGCAUGGUGGACAGUGAUGGGAAGACUCAUCUGGACAAGCCAUACUGUGCCCUGCAGAAGGAGUGUUUCGGGGGCAUCGUAGGCGCCAAGAGUCCCUACGCAGAUGGCCUGGGACUUCUAGACGAGGAGGUGGCGUCUCUCAAUAUGAUCAAGAGCGCCCCAGUGGGUCCAGUCGCCGGAGGCAUUAUGGGAUGCAUUAUGGUGUUGGUGCUGGCUGUGUAUGCGUACAGACACCAGAUCCACAGGCGUUCGCAUCAGCACAUGUCACCGCUGGCAGCACAGGAAAUGUCAGUGAGAAUGUCCAACUUGGAUAAUGAACGAGACGAGAGGGAUGAAGACAGUCAUGAGGACAGAGGAAUCAUCAGUAACACUCGAUUCAUUGCUGCGGUGAUUGAGCGACACACUCACACUCCUGAACGGAGACGGAGGUACUGGGGGCGAUCUGGGACAGAGAGUGACCACGGCUACAGCACCAUGAGUCCGCAGGAGGACAGCGAGAAUCCACCCGGAAACAACGACCCGCUCUCGGCCGGUGUCGACGUCGGUAACCAUGACGAUGACCUCGACCUGGACACGCCUCCUCAAACGGCCGCGUUGCUCAGCCACAAGUUUCACCCGUACCGACACACGCAUUCACACCACCACCCGCUUCACAUGCACACGCACCACCUUCAGGCCGCGGUCACCGUGCACAGCGUGGACGCAGAGUGCUGAUCUUCAGCGUGACAAACGCCUUCCUGCCAGGGAUGAGACUUUUUUCUUUUCUUUUUUUAAUUAAAGACUAUUUUUAAAAAGGGUUGUGCUGGAUUAGACAGCCUACUGUAGGUACUGUGAGGACGGACGGAGCCACAGCUGAUGGACUCGAAUGCACAGCAUCACUGGGCCCCUGGAAUCUUUCCCAUGAAUGGAUAUUAACUUUGUGGUCUCAUCGUGCCAACAUCUCCAGCUCAGCCCUUCUUUCAAACCCAGUCCAACAAUCUGGCAAGUGUUAACAAUAUCGCACACUAAUAAUUACCACACCUGGGCCAGUAAAAAUAUUCAAAUGGGAUUCUUUUUGUUUUUGUUUGCUUUCUGAAGGAAUCUUUUGGCCUUUGAGCACACAACAACCUUUGGGUGCAAAAAAAAAAAAAGAAACAAAAAAGCCCCAAAAAAUGCUGUUUGAGCCCAUUCAUUAAGGAAAGGAGACAACUGGAACCUGAAAGCCUUGAGGGAAGACAAAUGUCGUCAUUUCCAUGUGGAAAGUCAAAGCAAACACUUUAUAGGACCCGAGGAUGAUCAAAUUAACAUAGAAGUGUAAAUGCUGAUUGGACCCCUUUUGCUAUAGGGCUCCUUCCCAGCCUCUGCUAGAUGUUGCCACACUAAACCUACUUGUGGUGAAGGCCAGGAGGGAAACAGAGCGCUCCUUACGUUUGUGUGAAAGUCUCAGAUGAAAGAGUGAAAGUACUGUAUUUCCAUUCAGACUGGGAUCUAAUGUGGGAUGCUGUUACGGAUUCUGUUGCAGCUCGCUGGCUCACAGCUGGCUUGUCUCUGAAAGUUGCUGCAGGGCCUUACACAACACGGUUUUCGGAAGACAUUUUCAGAAGUGUCAGUGAACUUGAAAGUAGGAAAAAUCCUCCAUGAUUCACUUAAAUAUAGGAAACUCUUUAAAGAAGAAAAGAUUAUUUUUCUACUAUUUAUUAAAGAGGUAGAUUUUUGGGCAAGCAUCUGCCACAGACACGAGCAAGAAAGUAUUCAGAAUAAGUGAUACGCACCAACCAACUUCCUAUAACUAAUGCAUCACAUUUAGGGCUCAUUAUUUUUGUUUUUGUUUCUGUAAUAAACUGUGUCUAAUAGUGGAUACUUUGAAUUUUAAGAAUAUCAGUAAUACAACAGCCUGAGUGAAAAUAGAAAACUUUUUUUUUUUUAAUUUAAUCACAUGAGGGAUUCGGGUGCAUAAGCAGCAGCUCAUUUUCUUCCCAUUUUUCUCUUCAUUUUCUGUUAGCAGAAGCGUAUUCUGUGCUGUCUUCUCCAAAAGAGAUUUUUUUUUAUUCUAGAGUGUUGCAAACUUCGAUGAAGUUAAAAACAAAAAUGAUGAGACUUAAUCGUCCUGUGCCAGAACAGCUGGGUGAAGAAGUGGUCUUUGACAUAUAGCACAUUUUUCUGUCUGUGCUCACAGUCCUGAAUCACUGAGGUCCUUGUGUUGUUGUAAGAUAAGACUGACUGUGCAGAACAUCCUCAUCCACAAGAUUCAGAGACUUAAGUGCUGUCCGAUCUGCCUGAGUAGAAAAACCAGUAAGGAACGGCACCCCUGCAGAUACAUCACGACUUUUAGCCUCUGAGGCCAAGCUGAUACUGCAUGUAUGUUAAGUUUGUGUGACUGAUUUGGUGCAAAACCAGCUCAACUCCCAGUGAUGCCCAAGAUGGAGUGUGUCUACCAUCAGAGACGAAGAGAUGCUGCUGCUGCUGCUGUUGUAGGUCACACCCAUCUGUCGGCUCCUCUGUGGUCAACCACUCAAAUUUUCUACAAAACCUCUCUGGUUUAGCUUGUGUAUGUGUGUGUGUGUGUGUGUGUGUGUGUGUGUGUGUGUGUUUGAGAGUGAGAGAGAAUGAAGACAGAAUGAUUAUCCUCCUGGAACAUUUUCAUUGAUUAUUGUAUUUUUUUUUCAAGAUAGUAUUAGAGAAUUAUAGGUGAAAUUAUUAUGAUUGACAAAUCCACUUAUUUUUAGGAGGAGACGAGGAGUCGCUCAGCCCAGUCUGUGCUCCGUGGGUUUGAUUGUUCAACCAGUCAGAUCACGUCAGUGUGGCAUCCAUUUAUCUCUGGGUGCAAAAAAUGUUUAUUGUUUUUCAGAGAUUCAUUAUGAAGUGUAAAUAUAGAAACACAAAUAGCUAUUAAUGUCCUGUACACUCCAUAUUUUUUUAUGUUGGUAAGACAUGAUGUAUGCUUCAAGUGAUGCUCAGAUAUUCGAGUUGAUAUAUUGAAUUGUCUGUUCAUGGUGUCUCACUAUAUUUAUGAUGCCUUGGAUGUUUUUUUUCUUUAGUUUUAUUUUUCUUUAGGUCCAUAUUGGAUGCAAAGUCAGUACUUGGAAAAAUGAAUACCCACUUUUUAUGUUUUAAGAGACUUCUAGUUUUUAAAGUUUUAUCGUAACGUCGUAAAAAUGUUAAGGAAAUUCGGACUUCUCCUUGAACUAAUUUAAAUUUGCCAAAUAAAAAAGGUACUACAUCUUUUCACUGAAUAGCAACUAAAGCAGCACCCCUUUGUAGUGAAUUCAGGGUUUACAGCAAAUGGCUGUAAGCCGUGCUGUGGUUCUAUUGCUAUUCAAGACUGUCAGUCAUGUUCAUUUAGUUAUUUUAGCGUAUUAUAAAAGUGCUAAAUAAUUUGACACCUUCUGAUAGAGCAGAGAGGUAAAGGCUUGGACUGAGCAAGUGCUCGGCUAACACUAGCGUAUACUUUUUUUUUUAUAUUAGUAUGAGUAUCAUCCAAGUAAAACGUGCCAGUGUUCAUACUCGCAGGUAGCUGACUGAUUCAUUCGCUCAUUAAAAGUUGCAAAAACUUGUUCUGUAAAUAGUAUUCUAAUAAAUCAAAAAAAUAGCAACUUUUUGAUCAACCCUUAGCAAUUUCAGGCUCAAAUGAACAACUUCAGGUUAGCCCCACCCCUUUCCUGUUUAAGCUCCACCCCCUUUUCAGUACAAUAUACAGUAUAGAUAGUAGAACAGAUACAGAUCAUGGUGUGCUUGCUCAUCUGGUGUUUACAUACACCUUCAUGGUAAAAAAAAAAAUCUUAAAGGCACUACUGUUCUUGAACUGAACUUGAACUGGAUGUGUAGUUGGUCAGAUAUUCCCUGAAGACUUACGGAAAGGUUUGUCAUCGCAGUUGUGCCAUCAGAGCAUUUACUGUAGGAACAUUGAUUUUAGCCGCAGUCAUUUGUAACACAAACGCAAUUCAAAAUAGUCCUGUUUUCCUUGUGGCACAUGAUUUCAGUUCAGGUGGACAUGGAAGCAGCCUUGUAGCAUUUCAGCGCAGUCUUUAGAUCACAUGCAGUCUUGUGAGUGUAUUUCAAUAGAUGUGUGUGUGUUGGGGCAGUUUCUUUUUCUCCAAGAUGAGUUUGUUAUUAAGUGCAUUUUUUUUUCUGGAGGACUUUUUAACAGUAUUUACGAGCUGUUGUAAACAAGUAUAUUGUAUGUCUGUGUGCGCGUGCGGGUGUAUGUGUGUGUGUGUGUGUGCAGAACACUCUGAAUCACAUUAACUAAUGUACUGAAGGAACAUGUGUACACCACCCCCUCAUGUAUCAUAUAAAGUUAUCAAAUUGAGAUUUAUUGCAAUGUGAAUGUGAUAAAGUCCAUUUUACACUU